GGGUCCGCGGAAGCGGCGGAGGCCCCGCCCCGUGCCCGCAGUCCAGGCGCGCCUCCGCGGGGAGGGUGGGCUGUGUGCUGCGGGCCGGGCGGCCACCGGUGCGAGCCUCCGUGGGAGCCUGCGUGCGGGCGGUGGGGAGCGUUCCUGCGAUCACCCUCCGCGUCGCCGCUGCCCGGGCCGGCGUGACGAUGGACCGAGAGCCGGGCCGCGCGGCGGCGGGAGAAACGGAGGCGGCGGCCGCCGCGGCGUUCGGAGACGCGGCGCGGCAGGUGAGUAAUGAAAGAGGCUUUGAGAAUGUAGAGCUGGGGGUCAUCGGGAAGAAGAAGAAAGUCCCUAGGAGGGUCAUCCACUUCGUCAGUGGGGAGACCAUGGAAGAAUACAGCACUGACGAGGACGAAGUCGACGGCCUCGAGAAGAAAGACGUGCUGCCCACCGUCGACCCGACAAAACUUCCCUGGGGCCCCUACUUGUGGUUUUACAUGCUUCGGGCUGCCACAUCAACCCUCUCAGUGUGUGACUUUCUUGGAGAGAAGAUUGCAUCUGUUUUGGGCAUCAGCACCCCAAAAUACCAAUAUGCCAUUGAUGAGUAUUACCGGAUGAAGAAGGAGGAGGAGGAGGAGGAAGAAGAAAAUAGGAUGUCUGAAGAAGCAGAAAGACAGUACCAGCAAAACAAGAUGCAGGCUGAUUGCACUGUACAGACAGAUCAGCCGGAAACAGUGGUGGCCAGCUCGUUUGUGAAUAUUAACUUUGAAAUGGAGGACAGCUGUGAAGGACUUGAGGAGAGCAAACAGCAGGCAGCCUCUGUCCCACCAUAGACGGGAAGGACUGCAUAGAAAGUGCUGCCCUAAAGGUCAAUCAGGAACUCUUUACAUCUUGUUUAGUGGGGCUAAAACAACUAUUUAUAUUUAAAUUAUUAGGGGGAAGUCUGUCUUUGUUCUUAUGCUCUAUCUAUCAGAGUCAGCUCUGAAGUUGGGAUGUUUUUAUUAUGAGUUAAAUUACCUCCCCCCACCCCACCCCCCAUUCAUAUAUACUGACCAGUGCUAAGCCCAGUGCUUUGGUAAGACAUUUCGCAUGGCAUGAUAACACCCACCUUUAAUCCUAGCACAGAGAGGCAGGGGCUGGUGGUUCUCUGUGAGUUCAAGGCCUACCUGGUCAAACGUAAUGAGCUCCAGCCUAGCCCAUGAGACCCUGUCUCAAAAAAAAAAACAAAAAAAAACAAAACAAAAAAAAACCAAAACAAUAAAGGUGUUCCACAUUAAAAGGGGAGUUAAUUUGUUCCUUGAGAUUUUUGGUUUUGGGGCAUUUGUUUAAAAAGAGAAGAAAGGUGUAAGUAUUGACUAACCGUCUUUGGAGCUAACAAUCCUAACAGCCUCAGACUGAAGUACCCUACUUUGCCUCAUGCAAUGCCUGCCUUGCAUUUAACACACCUGCCCAUUAGUUUCACACUAGGAUGGUUCAGAGUGUGCAGUAAAGGGAGCAAGAUGGAGGCACUGUGGAUUUCCUUCGUUGAGACUAUGUUAUGGAAAGUGUUGGAUGUACUACUCGGAAUCUUAAGAUGGGUUUUCAUUUUCACCACAAGCCACUCCUGUGUUUUUCAGUAGUUAAUAACUUGCUCUGGUCACAAAGGAACACUAGUUACCGAGUGAGUUUGUAGUUCUGUCAGGUGUUGGUCCCUGUGACUACCCACGUGGCUGGCACCUUGGACAUGUCACACUCAGCCCUCUGCAUCAGGAAGGCUAGCUGGGGAUGAACUGCUAACAGUCUACUUUUGUUCACCGUUUGGAAGUCACGGUGACAAGUCGGACAGUUGACGUGAACCAGGUUUGGCCCUCCCUCCUUACUAGGUCCCUUUACAAAGUUGUGUAAUAUGAAGCUAAUUUUUGAGGAAUAUUCCUACAUACGUGUUCAGAACCUUUUAUAUGUGUAACUGAUUUAUACAGAUGUGGACAAUGUUUUAGAUGCUGAUCUUUUAAAAGCCUUCUCAUAGCUUUUAGAAAUUAACAUUUAUAAACUGGCUUUCUAAGAAGCAUGACGUUUUCUGUCUUCAACGUGUACAUUUCAAACAUGGAUAGGUGAGCAUGAUUGUAGAGACUUGCCAGUGGACCUCUCAGUAAGUUCAACUGAAAGCUGGGUUUUUAACUGAAUAUUCAAAGUUUGAGUCAGUUUCAGUUGGACUGAAAUUUGUAAAGCACAACAAGUAUGGUGUCUUCCUUGGAGUCGUGAGCUGGUGAGCUAGCUCCCUUCCUGGGUGCAAACGAUGUGACUUAGUUCUUAGAGGUUUAUCUUUAGACUGUGUAGUUAGUGACACUAUCAGUCAGUUUCCUAAAAACCAGUCUUAGUUGACAGUUGCUGAAACAUGCUGGCCUGACCUCUGCCUCAUGGCUUGUUUUUAAACAAACUUGGAGACGGAGCUACCACCUCAGACCCUAACUUGUUAGGAGGUGAAGGCAGGUGGUCUAAGGCACCUCUCCUGACAUGCUGCACCUCAGAGUUUACGACACAGCCUCUGAUUACAGUAGAAGGGGGGGGACCUGCAAAGCCUUGAGGUUGCUGAGUUUACUGCCUGCUUGUUGGGAGCGGCUGGUUUGUAAUGCUGAGUUAUUUAUUCACCGGGCCUUAUAUUUGUAUACUUUGGUUUAUGCAAGCUAUAAAAUGAUCAUAAAUGGGGUAAAUGGUUUGUUUUCUUUUAGGCCUCUCUCACCUCUAGUAGAAUUAUUUUCCCCUCUGCAUCACAGUCUGCGACGUUCUACUUUCUUCUCAUCCCCCUAAAAACUGACCACAAGGCAGGUGUGGUGGUGCAUGUCUGUACUCCCAGCACUAGGGAGGCUGAGGGAGGGUCAUGAGUUGGAGGCUGGCCGAGACUACAGAUCAAGACCCUUAUAUUUCAACAACAAAAAAACCCAUAAACACAUGAGUUAGUAUAAGGAGUUAGUAAUUCUCUAACAAAAACCUUUAACAAAAGGUACAGUGUUGUAAAUGUAACUUGAUAAUGGUUAAUAAAAUUAGACAAAAUUUCA